AUUCGCGGCUCAGACUCGGGUUUCGGUUGAUCUGAGUCUCUGUAGUUGGUGUACUGUAGUGAUUGCUGACUGACACGCUCUGCCAGCGACAUGAGAAACUUUGAGCCAACUCGGCGGCGGCGGCUCUCUGCUAACCGGAGCGCAGUGACAAUGCUAACAUUAGCUGUGCGGGUCUGGGUGCUAACUACAGCUGUUAAUCGAGAACGGAGGGUUAAUCUUGUUGACGUUGUACCAUGGACCAGGAUAACAACUCAGAGGAUGAGUCAGUUGGCCCAUCAGAAGAUGACGCACAUCCUCGGUUUCCUCUCGGACUGUCUGACUCUGAAGCGGUGGAGGUGUUGUGGCAGGUACGGGCUCAGCGCAGGCAGACCAAUCCUGAUCUUCCUGACACAGUAACUCGGCUCACUACACCGGAGGGAAGUGUGGUGUAUCUGGUUGGCACCGCGCAUUUCAGUGACAGCAGUAAAAAGGAUGUAGCUACGACGAUCCGCGCCGUGCAGCCAGAUGUGGUAGUGGUAGAGUUGUGCCAAUACAGAGUUUCCAUGCUGAAGAUGGAUGAGAAGACAUUGCUGAAGGAGGCCAAAGACAUCAACCUGGAGAAGGUUCAGCAAGCCAUCAAACAGAAUGGUGUGAUGUCCGGCCUUAUGCAGAUCUUGCUGCUAAAAGUCUCUGCACACAUCACAGAGCAGCUAGGCAUGGCCCCAGGAGGAGAGUUUAGAGAAGCCUUCAAAGAGGCAGGUAAAGUACCCUUCUGCAAGUUUCACCUUGGGGACAGACCUAUCCCAGUGACGUUUAAGCGUGCCAUUGCUGCUCUAAGCUUGUGGCAGAAAGCACGGUUAGCCUGGGGCUUAUGCUUCCUUUCCGACCCCAUCAGCAAAGAGGAUGUAGAGAAGUGUAAACAGAAGGAUCUGCUGGAGCAGACUAUGUCCGAGAUGAUUGGGGAGUUUCCUGCAUUGCACCGCACUAUUGUGGCAGAACGAGACAUCUACCUCACGCACACACUCAGACAGGCCGCCCGCUGUGUGGAGGCUCCUCAUAAUGCUCAGAAAGUGCCUGCUGUUGUGGUGGGAGUAGUUGGAAUGGGUCAUGUUCCUGGUAUUGAGAAGAACUGGGACAAAGAGCUCAAUAUUCAUGAGAUCAUGAGUGUGGCGCCACCAUCUCGAGUUGGCUGGGUUUUGCGGACUGCGUUGAAGGGGGCAGUGCUAGGCGCUCUGGGUUAUGCUUGCUACCGUGCUGGAGGAGGUGUGGGGAGGGCUUUACUGUCCCUACCUGCUGUCCAAUCGCUGCUGGAGAAUUUACGACCGUCCCCUGUCUGACUUCUAGUAUUUCAGUGGACCUUCACGAGGAGGAUGUUACGCUAAACACCAGUGGCCUUAAUUAAAGUACAGCUAAGGGGAGUGUAGGCGUUGCCAAUACCCCCCUUACCUUACCACAACUGGAAUUUGGGUGGUUGGCUUGGAGCAGACCUCCAUCAUCUACCUGCGCUCUCUACCUUGCUCUGUGUUCCAUCAAACACCGAGCUGUACUGCCAAAGAACUCGGACAGUAAUUCUUCUAUUUCCUUUUUUCCAGUUUUCCCCCACUUUCUUACAGUUUAGAACAUCAUAUUUUUGAGGGCUGUUACAGUACAGCACUGCACAUUUCCUCUUUUUGGUUUAUGUUUUGUCCUGACCGGAGAGUUGUAUUCUCUGAAUGUUUUUGACAUCAUUCUGGUAGCAGGGAAACAUAUUGAAUAUGCAACGUAAGAACCUGUUGUUCUCCUGUUCGUCUAGUAGUCUAGUAAGAAGGACCUGACAGUGCUCCAGCACUUUUUAAAAAAACGCUACACCAAAUUUUUCACUUUUUGUUUAGAGUGAAUGAUGCAUUACUUGGGUUAUAAUUUUAUACUAAAUGGUUAUAUUAGCAUGGUCAUAUACUGCACAUUAGAAUGUGAUUUUGACCAAAGUUAUUUUAUGCUUAUCAGAAAUUAUUUUUGUGCUGUGUUUGUGGAGAAAAAUAUGGUGUAAAAGUCAGCAAACUCCAUCGAUUUUUUAAGACCCUUUCAGAAUACAUCUACUUGGUUUUGACUGCAGGAGUGUCUUUAACAGUUUAAAGGGGGGGCCAGUUAUCAAUUAGUUACAUGCUUGAUCAACACAGUCAUUGUUCAAAGCCCAGUUUAAAGAAGUUGCUGUCUGUUCACUUCACCCAGCCUGAGACGUUUUUAGUAGUGAAUAAACUUGGUAGUAUUGCUACUUGGCAGUACUUGCUGUAUGGGUCUUUUGCUAGUUUCAUAUGAUGCAGACCCAUAUAGUGCAUUACUUUGACAAUGACAACUGAAUGUCUUCAUCAUUGACUUGCGUUAACAAACAUAAAAGGCCUGCAUAGACAGAAGUAAGGAAAAAAAUUGUUCUUCAGUAUUGAGAUUGACAGUGAUAAACUAUGCCUGUGUGAACUGACAAGUGCCUCUCUGUGCAUCCUGUUACCUGGAAAAGGGCUAUUAGACAAAAAGUGAUUUACCAUCUGAUUAUAACAAACAGGUACUGUUAAAACUAGUGUUUUUUUCUCCACCUACAGUAAUCACAGCUUGAGUUUCUGUUUGACAGUGGAACAAUGGCUACAUUCACACAGCAGGUGAAAGUGGCCCACAUCGUAUGUUUAAUUUAGGCUGUUCACACAAACUUUAUAUGGUGACCUAUAUCUGAUAUUUGUCUAAACAGUUGUGCUGUGUUUCCGGGAAACAAAUAGCAUCUCUAAAUAGUGUUAUUACACUAUGUUUCCCAAGAUAACAGUUCUUUAUAAUACUUUACAGAAUCGGUGUUAAUGAAGAGGAUAAAAUACUCCUAAACAAGCAAAUAGCAGGAAUUAUAUAUUUAUUGCUGUCUGUUUCACCUUGUAGAUUAAUGAAGCAGUAAUUUGAGUUAAAGUGGGGGUGAGUUAGGGAAUAUAGCGUGCCUGUGUUUCACAAAAAAAAAUGCUAUUUAAUACUGUGUGUUAGAAAUGUAUUGCAAAUUGGAUAAAUUAUGAUAGGUUUUCCAUCUCAGAUCUGGCUGUUCUGAUGGCUUUGCCACACGUACCUAACAUCGGAAUGAAAUAUAUUCAGUGUGUACGACAAAAAUAUUUGGGCCAUUUUUACCUGCUGUGUGAAAUAUAUGGAUUACUGGAGUUUGAUUGCAGAUCAGUGGACUUAACAACAGCCAACAGAUACUAAAUUUAUUGACUGUAUCUGUUUCAGUCUUAAAAAGAAUUAGCCAUUACAAAGUGUUCUUCAAGCAGCGUCAUAGAAGGAUCAUGUUUGGUUCCACAGGGAACCAUUUUCAUAGUGUCGUUAACUGAGAAGAACAUUUACUCUGACAUAUUUAACUGUUUUAAAGCUUUUUAAAGCUUUUCUUUUUAUAUAAAAAAAAUAUGUGCUGUUGCUCAAAGAAUUCUUUGUAGCACCUUUAUUUCAGAGUGGAUUGUAUUAGACACACUGAUUUUUGAGUAGAAGAAACAGCUAUCUUUCUCUGUACUUAAUCAGUAAUACUGAAAGUGUUCGACCUGUAAUUUCAAUCUUUAUAAACAGAGCAAUUUGAGUUAUUCUUGCCAGAAUAAGAACCUUGUUAGAGAAUGAUCUUACACCAUCUUCUGUAUGAGGCAUUUUUACAUCCAAGGAAUGCACUUAAAGUUGACAUCUGAUUGUAAUUCCCCCCUAAAUUUAUUCAAUUAUAUAUGAGCUGUAAUUAUUUGUUUACCAUGAUCUCCAGCUGUUGUCAGAAACAAUAGUAUGAGGCAUGUAAAAUAAAUUAAAUAAAAAGAGUAGGCAGCGCUUUAUAAAAGAAGUCAUGACUUUUAUAUACAAGCAGCAAGUUAUCUAAUUACAGGUUGAUGGAGAUAAAGGUAAAACAAGUAUUGGGAUAUGUUGUUGUUGGUCUUGGGUUUGGGUGUUAAAGCCUUACUCAUUUCUCACUGCUGCCUUUCAUAUGUCAAUCACCGUGGGUACAUUUUCUUUUUGUUAGCUUAAAAUUCUUAAUGUUUUCAUACAAUUAGACAGUCUCUCAUAAGCUGUAAUCUAAAACUCCCUUUUAGGCUGGAAAAAAAUGUAUGUUCUUGCAUAUCAUGAGGUCUGGAAAAUGGAGAAUACUAUGCAUGUUGAGCCAAAUGGGUUCCUCCUACUGGAGUAUGAAUGGUACCUUGCAUGUUUGCCCUAAUUUUUAAGCAAUAAUUCCUAAUGUAAGUUAUACUUGUGUUAAAUAGAGGAAAAUGAAGGUGCCACAGUGUUUCAUAAUUAACUUUUAAUUUACAUAACCCAUUGUACAAUUUCUCAAAUUCCAUUACUUACCAGUGUUUACUAUCAUGUUUUCCUUUUGACUUUCCAUUUGAUUGGUCAAGGAUAGACAACCACAGUGUUUUCCUUUGUGGUGGUGUUAACCCUAAUAAAUUGCCUAAUUUAAACACAAUUAAACUAACAUUGAAACCUGUAAUAAAUACAUUCAAACAUG